AUGCCUCGCCCUACGUCUCGUACGCUUUUCGUAGUCGUCCCUGGUGCCUCUCAGAAUCCUUCUCAUUAUGGCUACCUCCUCCAUCUCCUUCAAAGCAAAGGCUACCCUACAUUGUCCGCGUUGCUCCCGUCUACUGGCAGCAGCGAGAAUGUUACCGCACAAGAUGAUGCCGACUACGUGCUCAAGAACAUGCUCCUCCCCGUCCUCGAUAUCGAAAAGCACAAUGUAAUCCUGGUCACGCACUCGUAUAGCAGCAUCCCCGGCAGCGCCGCCGCCAUGGGGCUCAGCAAAGCCGAGCGUGCCGCGCAGGGCAAGACCACGGCCGUGCUGGGUCAGAUUUUCAUUGCUGCGCUGCUGGUGGCCGGCGGGGACGGAAAGGAUGUUGUUGCAGCAUUUGGCGGACACCUGCCGCCGCACAUUGGUAUUGGUGAUGGUGACCAUGCGGGGCUGCUCACUUGCGAUGACCCAGCACCGCCACUGUACCAGGACGUAGAACCAAAGCUUGUGCAGGAUGCCAUCGUCAUGUCGACCCUGUGUCCCAGCUUUGCAUCGUUCCAUAGUCCGUGUCCAAAGGCUUCGUGGAGUUCAGAGCAUUACAAGGGUCGCAUAGCAUAUAUCCGCACUAUCAAAGAUGUAGGCAUACCUCUUGAGGUACAGAACAUGAUGCUCCAGGGCACGGGCAUGGAGUGGAUUGAAAAGGAUAUCGACACGGGGCAUAGUCCACAGGUCGUGCAGCCAGAGACUCUGCGUGAUAUCUUUAUUGAGCUGGCUGAGCAAUGGGAGAGACUUUGA